AUGAGCUUGCUUCGAGAACGACGGCAAGAGCACGCCGGAAGAGGUGGAUCGCCUGAGGAGGAUCAUCUGAAGCCGACAGCACCUGCUGCUUGGAAAAGGGAACGCACUGCCAUCCGCUGCGGAGGCGUCGUCUGCGACAUCGCUAUGGGGGACGCCAAACCGGUAGCUCAACGCGUGCGUAGAGUGGCACCACAGUUCCGUGGCAAACUGUCCGGCUUGAUCAAGGGCCUGUUGUCCGCUAAGAUCAUUAGGGUGCUCAGCUCUCCGUGGGCGUCGCCGAUCGUGGUGAUAAUCAAGAAGAAUGGCGUCGACAUCAGACUCUGCAUUGAUUACCGCGUUGUGAACAGCCUGACGCGCCUCAUGGUGUACCCCACGCCGCUGAUCAACGAUCUGCCCGAAGACAUGGGCAAGGUGCUCUGGUACUGUUCGCUGGAUAUGGCGAGCGGAUUCUGGGUCGUGGAAAUGACUGAGAGAGCCCCGAAGACACCAAAGAACGCGGAACUAUUGCCUUCUUGCUUAAUGAAGCUCCUGCAGAUGACGUCGGUGCUGCGAGCGCUGAUGUGGUUAAUGUGGUGUCUCGCUCGGUCAGCUAACAGCACGAAUGGAAGUUGCUGGAAUACCAGCGACUGGUUGGCCAUUGAACACUCGGUAGUGGUCGUGUCCUUGUGUAUAUUGGGCGAAGUAUGGAGCGUGUGUGCACACAUUGCUCGCAAAGCACGUCUGGGGUGUGCAUGUCAUGGAUUCUCGGGAGAAGCUGGAAUACCGCGGCACAAAUCGACGGAAGGCCGGAUGCCAACAGGCUGGACGUCCAAACAGCAACACCCCAGCGCUAGUGGUAGAGUAGAUAUUGCGUUAAAGAUCAAUAUUAACAAUUGGCUGAAGGAUGCGUGCUUACCAUUAAAUUCAUACCCUACAUGUGUAGUGCUGUCUUCACCUGGACGACCUCAUGCUGGGCUCGAAUGUGGUGAGGUAAACGUGCUGGGCCACGGCGCUGGACGCGUCUCUGUCGGUAGCGGUGGCAGCAGCGUCAUCAUCUACGUGGGCGGUGGCAGCGUCUCUGUGGGCAGCUUAAGCAUCUCUGUGGUCGGCGGCAGCGUCAGCAUCUCUGUGGGCGGCAGUGGCGGCGGGACACUCUGGUCGGCAGCGGCGUCGACCUGCGUCUCAUGGGUAGUGGCGGCGAGAGUUCUGCAGGGCAGCUUCUCUGUGGGCUGCGACCAAGGGGGCGUUUUUGAGUUUGGGCUGCACAGGAUAUUGUGUGGAUAG